AUGGCCGGAAAACGCCGUGCGUCCACUGCCUCCGAGCAGCGCCCAACCAAGAAGGCCAAAAUCACCGCCAAAGACGCUUCUCCUCCGCCUGCCCGCCCUCGCAACUCUUGGGAUCGGCUGACCAAGGUCUGGCUGACCCCAAGGGCUCUCGACGAGGUCGAUCGCCGCACCGCCACCGCAAAGCCUCCCCAUCCUCCUCGCCCCGACCCUUCUCUACUGGACCUCCCGGUCGAGGACCUCCGUGCCUUGAAGCGCUUUUCGAGGCACGGAGGUCCCGACCUCACCGAUCUCCGCGGAUUCCCGGACCCCUGGUGGGAAGAAAACCCAAAUGAAAACGGGCCCAAUCCUCCGGUGCGCCCACCGAGAGCCACCAUGCUGGGCGACGAGGCGGCAUAUGACCGCAACUUUGAACAAGCAAUGGAAGACAACGGCAUCCACCCCGAGGGAUCCGAGCGGCCGGGCAACUGGGAUGCCAUCAUCGCCAGGAUGGCGCGGCGACGCUGGUCGCUCGCGUCCGACAACUUCGGCCGUGAGGAGUUCGACAAGUUCCUGCGCACCAACGCGCAGGCGUCAAGGGGGGUCAAUGCCCCGAGCAGUGUCUUCCCGACUCUGCGCGGGGACGGCGACAACAGCAUCGGCAACAGGGCCAUCCUCCACGUCGAGGAUCGGGCCUUCGACAACAUGGAGCCCAUCAUCCCCGCUGGCGACGACGACGACACCAAGCUUGCCCUUGCCCGGCCGAAUUCCUACGAUGGCGGCCGGGCAGGGCAGCUCGACGCACGCAUGCGGAGCGAGCUGGGGGCCGUCAUCCUCCCGUCGACCGAGUACCCGAUGCGCAUCCUGCCCAAUUUCACCGCAUCGGCCACGCGAGCGACCGAGUCGGCGGCCAUCCUGAGGCGGCAGGCCCUUCAUGCCGGCGCGCUCGGGGCCCGAGCCAUGCAUUCUCUCCAAUCCUACGGCGAGGGCCCCGAUGCGCGCCGGCAUGACAGGAACGCCUACGCCAUCACCGCAACCUACCAGGAUGGCACCCUGCGCCUGUACGCGGUGCACGCUGCACCAUCGACCUGCCCGGAGGAGAGAGCUAGCGACUACCACAUGAACGAGCUGGGGGCGUGGCCGGUGGCAAGGUCGCGGCAGGCCUUCCGGCAGGGCGUCGGGGCCUUCCGCAACCUGCGCGAAUGGGCCCUCGAGAAGAGGGACGAGUUUGUGGAGGCCGCGAACAGAAAGGUGACGGACACCUCUACGACGGAUAUUGUCGUAGAGGUGUCCGUCGAAUGA